UGCCGCCGCCAGCCUUUCUGCCCGGAAGCCGUGCUGCACUCUGGCUUCCGGCCUGGGGCGUCCGCCAUGGCCCGCAAAAAGAAGAAGGGGAGCGACGGGAGCCAAGGCCGCCUCGUGCUCACCUUCGACGAGGAGAAGCGGCGAGACUACCUGACGGGCUUCCACAAGCGGAAGGUGGAGCGGAGGAAGGUGGCCCUGGAGGAGAUCCGCAGGAAGCUGAAGGAGGAGCAGCGGAAGCUGCGGGACGAGCGCCACAAGGAGUAUCUGAAGAUGCUGAAAGAUCGGGAGGAGGCUCUGGAGGAGGCAGACGAGCUGGACCAGCUGGUGACCUCCAAGACGGAGUGCGUGCAGUAUGACCAUCCCAACCACACCGUAACCGUGACCACCGUUAGCGACCUGGACCUCUCCGGGGCCCGGCUCCUGGGGCUGCCCCCGCUGGGGGGAGAAGCAGAGACCCCCGCAGAGGAACCCAUCGGUGCUUUGCCCAAGAAAUCUCGGAACCCCUUCCUAUCUCAGAGGAUCUCCUCCCUCACAGCCUCCCUCCACGCACGGAGCCAGAGGCGGGCCAAGAGGAAACGCCCACGUCCGCACCGUGGCCUCGACUCCACCAAGAAGCCACCCAGCGCCACGCGGACCAGCAAGGCUCACCGUCGCAGGAUGACCGGCGGGAACAGGAAAGAUGGCGGCCCAGGGUAGCUGUGGGGCCUUUCCCCCACGCCCUCUCCUUGUUGCCCCCUCCUCAAGGCUGGAAUCUUCUGGAAGCCGCCAUAGAGCCCACUCUCCUGCCUUUGCCACCCAGACCUUGUGCCCUCACGGCUAAGGAGGCCUGGGUUCCAGUGCUCCCACCCCGGGGCCAGGCCUUGGGGGCCUUGAGUUGGACCCUUGCAACCUCAGUAUUGUUCAACCUGCCUGUUCCCACAGCUUCUCUGGUUAGUCCGGGGAAUGUGACCCAAAAGAAAGCAGCCUAUGGGCAGGGCAGGGCGGAGCUCACUGACUGUGCCCCAGCCUCUGAGAAGCCCCUCACCCACUUCCUGUGUCUCCUUUGAGUGAAACUGUGGCCCCCACAGAGUGUUGACCGACAGCCCCUUCCAAGCAGGGGAGGGCCCGGCCUUGGGGCUGACAGAUGGGGAUCCACCCACUUGCUGCUGGGUGACCUGGGGCCCCUCCUUUCCUCCUCUGUGAUUGGUCACCUCGAGCCCGUCCAGCCUGAAUGGCCUGUCCAGCCAUAGGAAAAGCUGCUGCGGUCCCUGCCCUCCAGCACUCGGUGGUUUUUCGAGGGGAUGACCAGAGGUGUCUAAAGUCUAGCCAGUGACCGUUGAUUCAUCACUUCUGUGUGCCCCGCAGAUGGGGGGCAGGUUUGACCACAUUCCAGAAGGGACCUUGACCUCUAAGGCCACCAGGAUGGGGAACCUCCGUUGUUCUUGCCUCCCGGGGCCUGAUCUGAGGCCCCUCGCGAUGAACCUUAGGACCUUGCAGGGUCUUUCUGGAGGAUGAGAAGCAGCGUUAAAUGAGUCCUGUUGGCCAGUCUGGGACCAGUGGAGAGUCACCUACUGUGUGCCCAGCACAGUCCUCACCGCUGGAGAUAGAAGUUUGAAGAAUUAAACCUUAUGUGAAAGGAGCUGGUGUUGGAUGGCAAGAGGAAUCCCCAGCAGUUGGGAGUCCCAGAGUGGAAGGGGCUGCUUCAGGCAGUAGUGCGCCCCCCGUGGCUGGAGGUCUUCGAGGACAGGCCGGGUGGCCACUGCGAGCAUGGCCUAGGGGCUGGUCCUCCAGGUGCAGGUGGGAUUGUGGGGAUGGCUCCUGAAGGUUCCUCCUGGGUCUGUGUUUGGUGGCGGCAGCGGCGGCAGCUGAGGGUCUCCUUGGCACCCCCAUGGCUAGGAGAAAGAGAAGACUUGGAGGCAGCAGGUCCUUCACAGAGUGAAAAAAAAAUCACUUUGAAUUCAAGGAGAAUUUUACUCACCUACUAUGUGCCUAGCACAUUGCUAGACCUUGGUGGGAUACAGAGACCAGAAUGAGACUUUGUGCCCUCAUGGUGCUUACCUCCUAGUGCAGGGAGGAAACGACAAUGUAGCCACCAGAAUUUGGGGGUGGGAAGGUAGCACUGAGAUUGGGAUAGGGAGAUCAGGAGAGGCCUCUUGGAGGAGGUGCCCCCUGAGCCGAGCUUAAAAGGGAGCUGGAGAUAGCAGAAAUGGAGGUGAGGAGUGAGAGCACACCCGGGCAAAGGCGUGGAGGUGGUAGAUGGGAGGUAGGGUACUGAGAACAGCAAGAAAGGCGGCUUUACUGGAAUAUCAAGGGCUUGGGGAAAUAGGGAGUGGCCGGAAGUUGGCCUGGAUGGCGCCUUCUCCACCUGGGCUCAGUAAACUUGGAAAAAGGAAAAUUGGCAACAGCUUUGCAGUUACUGUUGCUUUGUGGAAUUAGAUUUUUAAAUAUAUUUUUAUUUUAUUAAAUAUUUCUCAGUUCCAUUUUUAA